CACACACACAGCCCGCGCGGUUCGUUUUUGGUAUCGUUUUCUGUAAAAAAAUUGUGAAAUUGAUGAACCUUACCUGUGUUUUUGUUAAUUUUGUGUUAUAGUGUUAUUUUUAAAUAUGCAAGCAUUUCUUAAAACUGGUAAAAUUGGUGGCUCUGAAAGACCAUCCUCUUCGGGUGCAAAAACAUCAACAAAAAAGAAACCGCCCGCACCAUGGGUAGAAAAAUACCGUCCCAAAACUAUCGAUGAUAUUGUGGAUCAAGGUGAAGUCGUUCAAGUAUUGCGGGAAUGCCUAUCAGGUGGAGAUUUACCCCAUUUGCUGUUUUAUGGCCCACCUGGUACCGGCAAAACUAGUGCCAUCUUAGCUGCCGCUCGCCAGCUUUUUGGAGAUAUCACAAGAGAUCGAGUAUUAGAGCUGAAUGCUUCAGAUGAGCGUGGCAUCCAAGUAGUGAGAGAUAAAGUAAAGUCAUUUGCUCAACUGACAGUGAGCCACACCAGACCUGAUGGCCGUGCCUGUCCACCGUACAAGCUUGUGAUACUCGAUGAAGCAGACUCUAUGACAACAGCUGCACAAGCAGCAUUGAGGCGCACUAUGGAGCGGGAGACCCGCACUACCCGAUUCUGUCUAAUCUGCAACUAUGUUUCACGAAUCAUCCCACCAAUCACCAGUCGUUGUUCCAAGUUUCGAUUUAAGCCUUUGGCCAGAGAAAAUGUUAUUAAGAGAUUACAAGAGAUUUGUGAGACAGAAGGCGUGGACGUUGGCGACGGUACGGUGUUGCAUCAGGCAGUAGACACGUGCGAGGGUGACCUGCGACGCGCUCUGACAGCUUUACAAUGUUGCCAGCGGCUGCUCGGCAAAAUCACCGCUGAAGGCCUCAUUGAGGUAACAGGCCUAGUACCAGAACAAUUGGUUCAGGAUUAUGUGAAUGUGAAAAAUUACACAGAAUUGGAGAAGUUUGUGGAAAAUUUUCUGAUGGACGCAUACUCAGCUGCUCAACUUUUAGAACAAUUAAGCGCAUUCGUGGUGUCAUGUGGUCAUUUAACGAACAAACAGAAAUGUGCCAUCAGUGAGAAGUUAGCUUUAUGUUCCCACCGGCUUCUCGAUGGUGGGGCCGAGAGUAUGCAGCUGACAGACCUUGGCUGUACUAUAAUAAUGGCUAAUAACAAUCCUUAAUGAAAUCACCACGAUUAAAGUUAUUCUGAAAAAAUGAGGUAUACAACACGUCACGCUUAAUAGAAAGAAGAGCCGUUCAAAAAUUAUAAUUAGACAAGGAAGAAAACAAAGAGUUGUGACGUCAUAAUACAUGCCAUUAAACUGUAAGUUUCGAUUUUAAGUUGAACGUAAAUAAUGUGAAAGAUUUUUGAUAAGUUGUAGUGCACCAGAUAUUUAUACAACGACAAAUUAAUUUGUAAGUUGCAUUUAUAUAACUUCUUUAAAAUUUGUGUAAUGUUUGCCAAAAAAAAAGCAGACAGAGCAAGAGGUUUUUUUAGUUUUGUGUAAAACUUGCACCAAUAAAGAAACAUUCUGCUUUCAUCACACAUUAUUCCGGAAAAGGAGUUAUCAUUCUCCAUUCGUUUUAUUAUUGGUGGGAGUUAUUUUUCAAAAAAAAGUUGAAAUAGAACUUCACUUUAUAUUGACCUAUUAUUAAAUUAACUUGAAAAUAAAAGUGGUCUGAGUUGUGAUCUACGAUCAUGGUCCUUCAUUGAUGUGUGAUAAGGUUCUUUAUUUUUCUAAUGAAUAUUGUGUAAGUACUAGGAUUAAAGUUUAAUUUUAAUACCAAAAUAUAAUUUGUCAACCAAUAAGGUCUUUAAAGUAGAGAUGCAAGGAUUCAAUAUUUUACUUUUACUAUUCGGAUUAUAAUAUUUGUACACAUUUAAAUAUCUGUCUUUACUGUACCAACAAUCGCUGAUUUGGAUUAAGAUGCAACCAUCCAUCCUAUAGCAGUAAAUGUUGAUUGCCUAAACCCAGAAAGGAGGUUAAAACGAUUUCGUUCAAACUUGGGCCCGUAAUGAAUGGUGACAAUUUUAAGGUAAAUUUAUGGGACCAUUACUAAAAAAAUUGUGUGUGUCAGCUCCUACGCACGACUGGAGUUUACUCAUUAAGUUCGAUAGCCUAACCAGACGCAAAAAGAGUUUAUUUAACUUAAAAAAGAUUGAUACUGUAUGAAAGGUUAAUUAACAAAUUAAUGAAAAUAAUAUACAUAUAUAAAUAUAUAUUUAUUCAUUUCAUAUGUAUAUUGCAUUGCAGUAUACCCUAUGCACGUGUCCC